AUCUUUGCCGGCUUAGUUAGUCAUAUACUUCGCUGCUGUUCUCUGAAAGAAUCUUUCGCCGGCCGGCGAAACUGACCAGAUUGACCAUGGCGGUAACGGCACCGAUGAAGAGGAUAAAGUUGGGAUCACAGGGGCUCGAAGUAUCAGCUCAAGGACUUGGCUGCAUGAGCAUGUCCGCCAUCUACGGCCCUCCCAAGCCUGACCUUGAAAUGAUCGCUCUCGUCCACCACGCCAUCAACUCCGGCGUCACUUUCCUCGACACCGCCGAUGCUUAUGGCCCUCACAUAAACGAAAUACUUCUGGGAAAGGCUCUAAAAGGAGGGGUUAGGGAAGGAGUUGAACUGGGUACUAAAUUCGGUGGUGUAUUUGAGGAUGGGAAAAGGGAAAUCCGUGGAGAUCCUGCUUAUGUAAGAAUUGCUUGUGAGGCUAGCUUGAAGAGGCUGGAGAUUGAUUGUAUUGAUCUUUACUAUCAGCACAGAGUUGAUAUCCGAGUGCCCAUUGAAGCCACGAUGGGGGAGUUGAAGAAACUAGUUGAGGAGGGUAAGAUCAAGUACAUAGGACUUUCUGAGGCGUCUGCUUCAACGAUCAGGAGAGCUCAUGCUGUUCAUCCCAUAACGGCAGUGCAGUUGGAGUGGUCGUUGUGGUCUAGGGAUGUGGAGGAAGAGAUUAUCCCAACUUGCAGAGAACUUGGAAUUGGGAUUGUUGCAUACAGUCCUCUAGGCCGUGGAUUCUUUUCAUCGGGGCCUAAGGUUGCUGAAAGUUUUACUGAGGGUGAUUUUCGGAAGUAUCUCCCGAGGUUUCAGCCUGAGAAUUUGGAGCACAACAAAGCCAUAUUCGAGAGGGUCAACGACAUUGCAACAAGGAAAGGGUGCACUCCAUCUCAGUUGGCACUUGCUUGGGUGCAUCACCAGGGAGAUGAUGUGUGCCCGAUUCCAGGAACAACCAAGAUUGAAAACUUCAAUCAGAACAUUGGAGCUUUGUCCGUGGAACUGACACCAGAAGAAAUGACCGAACUCGAAUCCAUUGCUGCAUCAGAUGCUGUGAAGGGUGAUAGAUAUGGGGAAGGUAUAUUGACAUUUAAGGAUUCCGACACUCCACCUCUUUCGUCGUGGAAACCCAAUGUCGAGUAAUUUCCCAAGGCAAUGUGCAGUUCUACACUUGUUUGUUCACUUGAAUCGUCUUCUUUGUUCUGCUCUGUGAUCCUGAGGAUGUGAAAAGUCCUGGAAGGAUUUGUGUAGAGUGGUUAAUAUUGUAUGUUGAUUGUAGGCCACAGCCGCUGGACAGGUUGUAUUCCUAUGAGCGAGUUGAAUAUUGUACUCAUUUGGAUUUUGGGUCUUUGUUUAUCUUUUGACCAACUUUAUACAAGGAAAAGUAAUAGAUGAAACUGACAAGCAGCCAGCCAGGUUGGAUUACCAGUUGGAAAGGUGCCUUGUAAAGAAAGUUCCAAACAACAGCCACUUGGAAACUCGGUUAUUGCCAACCUGCAGUAGAUUGACUUUGUCUUCUUUAGGUUCAAUCCUCCUCUUUCAGUAUAUCCGCACCUUCUGCUUAUAUAGUACAUAGUGAUAGAAACACUAUUUCUGAAACUCAAAUCGUGCAGAAUUACCACAGUUUUUUUAGCAGGGAAUCAUGGCAACAACGGUGAAGAGGAUCAAACUGGGCUCGCAGGGUCUUGAAAUCUCUGCUCAGGAACUCGGUUGCAUGAGCAUGUCUGUCUUCUAAGGUCCUGCAAAGCCAGAGCCUGAUACGAUUACAGUGACUCGAAGGGGCAUGGGCUCCAGGAAGCUCGCUAAUUUCCUUCGCCAUGGUGGAGUCUUGUUCAACAAACGCUGGUGGUCUUGUUCAGUUUCUAAAAAUGGGUUCCAAACUCUCUGCCGUUGUUCCAGUGCUUGACGAGGUUCUGGAUCGAAGCUUGUAGGGAAUCAAGGGAGAUGCUGGAGCUGGUGUCGGCAGGAAACUGAUGCUUGGUAACUUGUAUGCUGAUGCUGGUGGAACCAUCCUGUACAGCUUGGUUCAUUGCGGUUCCUUCUUUAGGCUAUUGGGUGGAAUUGCCCAUGUUGAUGCAAUAGUCCAUGGGGCUCAAAUCCAGAAUUUAUUAGACAUAUUCGAGUCAUUUGGUCACUUCAUCAAUACAGAGUUUUGAUCUAGAAAGUGUGACAAACAAGUCACCUGAAUCCA